AUGCUCAUCUCGUCCGCUAAAUGGAAAGUCUGUGAUGAUACUUCAAUCUAUCUAGCGAAACGCAAACCAUUACCACCGUCUCCUCCGAGGACUUCAGCAUUUGCUGCAGACUCGACAACGCACUCGGAUACAUCUCCAUCACCCGAUCUCCUUGCUCCCACCAUAUUUCGUGAGGCAGUUUCAAUUCUGGAGCGUGCCUGGACGACAGAUUUAGUGCAAAAUUAUGUGACGCCACCUCGUUCGGUGUUACGCUUUGAAACACAUACUGGAGGUCUUUUGACAGACCAUGAAACUGACAGUCUAUUCGAUCUAAUCUUCUCUUGGGUUCGCGAUCGUGAACAUGAUUCUUAUUUCUUACCCGGUGUUCAUCUUGUACUUGAGGUACUAAUGCCUGAAGUAAUAAUCCAGGCUCUCGUACAGGCACGUGGUGUUUCACGAGAGGUAGCAGAGAGAAUGGUGCGCUAUACACCGUCCGAGAGUAGUUGCAGUAGUAGUACGAGUAACGAACUGAACUCUAAUCAUUCUUCAAAAAAUAACGGGAACAAC